CCCUACUGCCACUUCCAAGUUCCAACUCCGAAUCUACGCCUCGCUUCUCUCUCCUCAAUCCCAUUUCUCACUCUAUAUUCCCCCCCACCAUGCUUCAUUCUUCCCUCUCUUUCCCUCUCUAAUUCACCGGCACCGCCCUUCGCCCCACCGGAAAUUCCUUUUGCUUCGGGUUGGAAAAACAUGUCUUCCUCUAGACCUAGCCAGUCUUCUAGCAACUCUGGGCGGUCAAGACAUAGCACCAGAAUUAUUGCUCAAACAUCUGUUGAUGCAAAACUCCAUGCUGAUUUUGAGGAAUCUGGGAAUUCAUUCGACUACUCAAGUUCAGUGCGUGUCUCUAGUGACGUUAGUGGAGAUCACCAACCUAGGUCAGACAAAGUUACAACAGCUUAUCUCCACCACAUACAGAAAGGGAAGCUUAUCCAACCAUUUGGUUGCUUAUUGGCCUUAGAUGAAAAAACAUUCAAGGUUAUUGCUUAUAGUGAAAAUGCCCCUGAAAUGUUGACCAUGGUCAGUCAUGCUGUCCCAAGCAUGGGGGAUUACCCUGUUCUUGGCAUAGGGACAGAUGUGAGGACUAUUUUCACUGCACCUAGUGCUUCUGCACUGUUGAAGGCCUUGGGCUUUGGGGAAGUUACACUUCUUAAUCCCAUCCUAGUGCAUUGCAAGACUUCUGGAAAACCCUUUUAUGCAAUUGUGCAUCGUGUUACUGGAAGCUUAAUCAUUGACUUUGAGCCUGUGAAGCCUUAUGAAGUUCCAGUAACAGCAGCUGGAGCCCUACAAUCAUAUAAACUUGCCGCCAAAGCAAUUACUAGAUUGCAGUCCUUGCCUAGUGGGUGCAUGGCUAGGCUUUGUGACACAAUGGUUCAAGAAGUUUUUGAACUAACUGGUUAUGAUAGAGUCAUGGCUUAUAAAUUCCAUGAUGAUGAUCAUGGGGAAGUGAUCUCUGAAGUCACAAAGCCUGGUCUUGAGCCAUAUCUUGGUUUGCAUUAUCCGGCCACUGACAUUCCUCAAGCCGCACGCUUUUUGUUCAUGAAAAAUAAAGUCCGCAUGAUUGUUGAUUGUCGUGCAAAACAUUUAAAAGUCCUCCAAGAUGAGAAAUUACAGUUUGAUCUAACUUUAUGUGGUUCAACAUUAAGGGCUCCACACAGUUGCCACUUACAGUAUAUGGAAAACAUGAACUCUAUAGCCUCUUUGGUUAUGGCAGUUGUGGUUAAUGAAGGGGAUGAAGAUGCCGAGGGCCCUGCUUUGCAGCAACAAAAGAGAAAGAGACUAUGGGGGUUAGUAGUAUGUCAUAAUACAAGUCCCAGAUUUGUUCCUUUUCCUCUUAGGUAUGCUUGUGAGUUUCUUGCUCAAGUAUUUGCUAUUCACGUGAACAAGGAAUUGGAGUUGGAAAAUCAAAUUAUAGAGAAAAAUAUUCUGCGUACACAGACACUCUUGUGCGACAUGCUAAUGCGUGAUGCUCCUUUAGGUAUUGUGUCAAGGAGUCCUAACAUAAUGGAUCUUGUGAAAUCUGAUGGGGCUGCCUUGUUAUAUAAGAACAAAAUUUGGCGAUUGGGCAUGACACCCAGUGACUUUCAUUUGCGGGACAUUGCCUCGUGGCUUUCAGAAUAUCAUAUGGAUUCAACAGGGUUGAGUACUGACAGCUUGUAUGAUGCAGGAUAUCCUGGAGCUCUUGCUUUAGGUGAUGAAGUAUGUGGGAUGGCUGCUGUGCGGAUAACUACUAAUGAUAUGAUUUUUUGGUUUCGGUCUCACACUGCUUCAGAGAUUCGGUGGGGUGGAGCAAAGCAUGAACAUGGUGAGAAGGACGACGGCAGAAAAAUGCAUCCAAGAUCAUCUUUCAAGGCUUUCCUUGAAGUAGUGAAAACAAGAAGUUUGCCUUGGAAGGACUACGAAAUGGAUGCAAUCCACUCUUUACAACUGAUCCUUAGAAAUACUUUUAAAGAUACAGAUACAGAUGAAAUAAAUCGAAAAUCAAUUCAAAUGACACUUGGUGACCUAAAAAUUGAAGGGAGGCAAGAAUUGGAAUCAGUAACAAGUGAAAUGGUCAGGUUAAUUGAGACAGCUACUGUGCCGAUUUUAGCAGUUGAUGUAGAUGGGUCAAUUAAUGGGUGGAAUACAAAGAUUGCUGAAUUGACUGGACUCCCUGUGGAUAAAGCUAUUGGCAAGCAUUUGCUUACGUUAGUGGAAGAUACUUCUGUAGAAGUUGUCAAGAAAAUGUUGUAUUUGGCAUUGCAAGGACAAGAAGAGCAAAACGUUCAAUUUGAGAUCAAGACGCAUGGUUCUCAUAUUGAGGUUGGCUCGAUCAGGCUUGUUGUAAAUGCUUGUGCAAGUAGGGACUUGCGUGAAAAUGUUGUGGGGGUGUGUUUUGUAGCACAAGAUAUCACUGGUCAGAAGAUGGUUAUGGACAAGUUCACUCGAUUAGAAGGUGAUUACAAAGCUAUUGUACAAAAUCCCAAUCCAUUAAUCCCUCCAAUAUUUGGUUCAGAUCAAUUUGGAUGGUGCUCAGAGUGGAAUCCUGCAAUGACAAAAGUAACUGGGUGGUCACGUGAAGAAGUAAUUGAUAAGAUGCUUUUAGGAGAGGUUUUUGGCGCGCACAAGUCAUGUUGUCGUUUAAAGAAUCAAGAAGCUUUUGUUAAUCUUGGGGUUGUUUUGAACAAUGCCAUGAGUGGUCAAGAUCCUGAAAAGGUUUCUUUUGGCUUCUUUGCUCGGAACGGGAUGUACGUGGAAUGUCUUCUGUGUGUCAAUAAGAUCUUGGAUAAGGAUGGGGUCAUUACUGGGGUUUUUUGCUUUCUGCAGCUUGCUAGUCAUGAGUUGCAACAAGCACUAAAUAUCCAACGAUUAUGUGAGCAGACUGCUUUGAAGAGAUUGAGAGCAUUGGGAUACAUAAAAAGACACGUACAAAAUCCUCUUUCUGGGAUAAUCUUUUCGAGAAGAUUAUUGGAACGUACCGAGUUGGGAAUAGAACAAAGGGAAAUUCUGCUUACUAGCUUACACUGUCAAAAGCAAAUCUCCAAGGUUCUGGAAGAGUCUGACCUUGAUAAAAUUAUCGACGGGUUCAUUGAUCUGGAAAUGGUGGAGUUUACAUUGCAUGAAGUAUUGAAGGUAUCAAUCAGUCAAGUAAUGAUAAAGAGCAAAGGAAAGGCUAUCCAGAUAGUUAAUGAGACUGUAGAAGAGGCCAUGUCCGAGACCUUAUAUGGUGAUAGUUUGAGGCUUCAACAAGUCUUGGCAGAUUUUCUAUUGCUAUCAGUUAGUUAUGCGCCAGCAGGAGGCCAACUGAUAAUUUCAACCAACUUGACCAAGGACCAAUUAGGAAAGUCGGUUCAUCUCGUGCAUUUGGAAUUCAGGAUAACGUAUGCUGGAGGCGGUAUACCCGAAUCGUUGCUGAACGAGAUGUUUGGUAGUGAGGAGGAGGCUUCUGAGGAGGGUUUUAGUCUACUCAUCAGUAGAAAACUAGUGAAGCUAAUGAAUGGAGAUGUAAGAUACAUGAGGGAAGCAGGUAAGUCAAGCUUCAUCAUAACUGUUGAGCUUGCUGCUGCACACAAGACAAGUAUGUAGUAGGCAAAAGAUUGCAUCCUAUGUUGAAGUUUGAAUGGUGGGAAUUUGCAGUGGGUGAUGAUUUUGUAUAGUGCUAAGUUGUUUCUCUCAUUGUCAGAUUUCCAAUCUCCUUUGACCUUUUGUUGAAAUACAAUCUGAUUUACUCAUAACUUUAUUUGACUCUUUUAUAAGCACUACUAUUGUAUAGAUGUAGUAAUUUCUUAA